CCCAGGGGCUGGCCCCGCCCCUUGUGCGGCCUGCGGUAGGAGAAACCGGGGCCCUGACGAGCGGUGCCGCCCCUGCGACCUUCGCCCUCCUCCGAGGUGGCUGGCUCCGCCUCCUCGCGAAUCUCUCUCGCAACCCAAAAUGGCGGCGGAGGUGGAUUUCGGCGACCUGGAGCUCUUUGAGGCGUUUGACCACCCAGAGGAGUCGAUUCCGAAGCCCGUCCACACUCGCUUCAAGGACGAUGACGGGGCCGAGGAGGAGGACGAAAACGGUGUUGGCGACGCGGAGCUGCAGGCGCGGCUCCGGCAGUGCGAGGAAACCAUCGAGCAGCUCCGCGCCGAGAAUCAAGAACUUAAAAGAAAAUUGAACAUUCUGACUCGACCGAGUGGAAUACUGGUGAACAAUACUAAGCUAGAUGGACCUCUAUUACAAAUUCUGUUUAUGAACAAUGCUAUUUCAAAGCAGUAUCAUCAAGAAAUAGAGGAAUUUGUAUCAAAUUUAGUAAAAAGAUUUGAGGAACAGCAGAAAAAUGAUGUGGAAAAGACUUCCUUUAAUCUUUUGCCCCAGCCAUCCAGUAUUGUAUUAGAAGAGGACCACAAAGUAGAAGAAUCCUGUGUCGUUAAAAACAGCAAGGAAGCUUUCAGUGUUGUAGGAAGUGUCCUGUAUUUUACUAAUUUUUGCCUUGAUAAAUUGGGGCAACCGCUACUAAAUGAAAACCCUCAGCUUACCGAAGGAUGGGAAAUACCCAAGUACCAGCAAGUCUUCAGCCACAUUGUUUCUCUAGAAGGGCAAGAAAUACAAGUAAAGGCAAAAAGGCCAAAGCCUCACUGUUUCAAUUGUGGUUCUGAAGAACAUCAAAUGAAAGAUUGCCCGAUGCCUCGGAAUGCUGCUCGAAUCAGUGAAAAGAGAAAAGAGUAUAUGGACGCCUGUGGUGAGGCAAACAAUCAGAAUUUCCAGCAGCGAUAUCAUGCAGAGGAAGUAGAAGAAAGAUUUGGAAGAUUCAAGCCAGGAGUUAUCAGUGAGGAACUUCAGGAUGCACUGGGCGUGACAGACAGGAGUCUUCCCCCUUUUAUCUAUCGGAUGCGUCAGCUGGGAUACCCGCCAGGGUGGCUCAAGGAGGCUGAACUGGAGCACUCGGGACUGGCCCUCUAUGACGGGAAAGAUGAUGCUGAUGGUGAAACGGAGGUUGGAGAAGUGCAGCAGAAUAAAAGUGUCACGUAUGAUCUCUCGAAAUUGGUAAACUAUCCAGGUUUUAAUAUAUCUACGCCCAGAGGAAUUCCAGAUGAAUGGAGGAUGUUCGGUUCCAUCCCCAUGCAGGCUUGUCAGCAGAAGGAGGUGUUUGCCAGUUACCUCACCUCCAACUUCCAACCGCCUGGUGGUAAGUCUGGCAGCAAGAGGUCUUCCUCUCAGUCCAGCCCCAGGAGCCCAAAGAAGCAGAAGAAGGAAGGCAGCUCUGCUGCGUCCCCCGCCGACAUGGAUCUCGACUCAGAUGGCUCGCGGGGCAGUGGAGGUUUUCACUUUCAGCCUCCGUUACCUCCGGACACUCCCCCUCCACUCCCACAGGGGGCUCCUUCUCCCGUCUUCACUCCUCCGCUCCCCAAGGGCACCCCCCCACUGACUCCCAGCGCCUCGCCCCAGGCCCGCGUGGCGUCCGCAGCCGUGGAUGAGGACACGCUGACUCUGGAAGAACUUGAAGAGCAGCAGAGGCGGAUCUGGGCAGCCCUCGAGCAGGCCGAGAGCACCCACAGCGACUCCGACCUCCCUGUGGACACACCCUUAACUGGGAACUCGGUUGCCUCGUCACCUGGUCCCACCGAGCUGGACCUCCCUGGGCCGGAAGGAAGCACGUCCGACAAGCAGGAGCUGGAUCUGCUGGAACCUCAAGUACCUGACGUUUGUGCAAAAAAAGCGGAAGUUGAACAUUGCUCGAGUCCAGACUCUGAGGCCACGCUGCUUCGUCAGGAGGAGGAGCCUGCUCAGCUGGAUUCGAAAGGUGCUCUGGAUAACGGCAGCGUCACGUCAGACUGUGACAUUAGGAACGGAGGCAGCCAGGUGCCCCUACAGGUGGACGCCAGGCCUUCUACGGCCACUAAAGUUCACAGCCCCGUCCCUGACAUGAGCAAGUUUGCAACUGGAAUCACACCGUUUGAGUUUGAGAAUAUGGCAGAGUCCACCGGAAUGUACCUCAGGAUACGGAACUUGUUGAAGAACUCUCCCCGCAACCAGCAGAAAAACAAAAAGGCUUCUGAGUAACUGCUCCACGGAGCCCCGAAAGCUGUUUCAUUGUACUCAGAUGCACUUGUUUCCUGUUUGUCCUUGCCAUGUUUGAAAAUCUCUCCAAGAUAAAUGGUGGUCCACAAGCCCAUUUCCAGGAGCGAGGAGACUAGGCUCCCUACUUUACUGUGUUUUAUCCUCACUGACAGAACCCCGGGAGGGAGCUGUAAGUCUGCGAUGGCUUGGAGACAGUUUGUUAAGGUUUGUACUAUUUUUGGAUUGUGUCCAUCAAGAGUACUGGUUUUUAUCUGUCUUUUGUACAUUGUUUUCCCUUUCUACAUUUUGCUAAUUAUCCUGUAUACAAGUUUAAUAUAUCACUUUUUUAAAAGAAAAAAUUCUAACCCAUUUCAGAUUCAUGUUUUCUGCUCCAGCAACGAAAUGAGAACAAUCAGGGAUGAGCAGCUUUCGCCAUGUAGAGUGUUCUAGUAUGUGAUGUGCACGCAUCACUUUUAACAACACUUUUGCUUUGUUUGUAACGUCACUCCUCAGCUAAGCUUUCCAUACAGGUGCGUUCAUUUUUGUGUACAAAGGUUUAAUAAAUUAGUUUUCACACACAUAAUCUAAGAUUUUGAGUACAGUAAAAGGAAUUCACAGGUAAAUUAGUGUAUAUAACCUUUUAAGUUUGGAAGUAAAUUAUGUGACUAAGAAUUAGUCAUACUACAAGAAAUUGCAAGUUUAGGUGCUUUCACUAUUUUAAGCCUUAAAUAAACAGCAAAUUUUUAAAAAUAUUAUUUUGCAAAAAAAAACAAGGUGGAGGGCAGCUAGCCUUUAUAAAAAAAUAAUUUUCUAGAUUUGGAUCCUAAGAUCAUUAAAAAUUAAAAAGUAGACAUAAACAAACUGCUUUUUAACUAUCAGAUGUAGGGAACAGAGCUGAAACUAUGGUUUUGUCUUUAUGUAGAAUGCCAUUCCAUCUUUAUGCUUUAUACUUGGUCACGGUCGUGAAAGUGAACAUGUGGAGAUCUUGAAUUCUUAGUCUCAGGUCCUGUUAUCCUGCUCUCAGACCAACAGAGGAAGCAAAAUAGAACCAACCAUUCUGGAUAUGGGUUUCAUUCUUGAGAACGUGGGUAAUCAGAUUUACUGUUCUAUAGACAAUAAUGGGAAAGAGAAUUCUGUGGAAGGGAGUAAAUUUAUUUUGAGGGCCCUUACAGAGCGCUAGAAAUGGGGGAUAUGUUAAGUACCGUGGCCUUUCUUCCUCUGAGUUGAAGUACACACGCGUUAUCUUACUCAACAUUUCUGUCAGACAAAUGCAUUAUCGCCACGUGGAAGUAAGGACAGGGAGGCACACAGAAGUUGAAGGGACUUGUCAGCAUUCCAGAAGUGGUUCUCGGCCAGCGCCGCGGCUCACUAGGCUAAUCCUCCGCCUUGCGGCGCCAGCACACCGGGUUCUAGUCCCGGUUGGGGCGCCGGAUUCUGUCCCGGUUGCCCCUCUUCCAGGCCAGCUCUCUGCUGUGGCCCGGGAGUGCAGUGGAGGAUGGCCCAAGUGCUUGGGCCCUGCACCCCAUGGGAGACCAGGAGAAGCACCUGGCUCCUGGCUUCGGAUCAGCGCGGUGCCCCGGCCACAGCGGCCAUUGGAGGGUGAACCAACGGCAAAGGAAGACCUUUCUCUCCGUCUCUCUCUCUCUCACUGUCCACUCUGCCUGUCAAAAAAAAAAAGAGAAGUGGUUCUCGAGAGGGUGGUCUUCAGCUAACCUCUUAGCUAUUCGCUGAAUCAUCCGAGUGCUUCAGAUGCCCCGUUAAGUGUUGCGCUGGUCUAGCUGUCUGUGAAUGCCAGAAUUUCCUCACGGUUAAAUGCUGUGAACCUCGCAAACCUGAAUCCAGAUCUCCACGCGCAGGCCCUGAACCCCCACACGGCCUCUCCCUGUCAAAAGCUCUGUGAAAGCACUGCACUCCCCCUGCUGCGCGCACACCUGGUUAGUGUUCCUGUGCUUUGCGGCAGUGAGAAGCACUGACAGAGUCCACUUGGAGAGAGCUCCUGCUUAGUUUGCGUCCAGUUCAGAAAGUGGCCACGUGAGGAGUGGGGCGGCCUUCAGAUGCCAGAGCACGGCUAACCUCUUCAGUUAGAGGAUGUUUGAAGACUUCUGGAAAAACAUAACCCUUGAGUGAACCCUAAAAGUAGGCAGGAGGGCUCCACAGACAUAAAGCAGUGACACGCAGGUUAACAGCCCGAGCCAAAGAAACAGGAGCACAAGAAUGUGGGAUGGUAGGGGGAAAACUCUUAAAAGAUGCUCAUUCCUGGUGCUGGGAACUCGGAAUGCCCCCACUCCAGGAUUUGAAUUCAUUAGGGAAAAGGAUCCGGAAAGAUCUGUGGAGUGACCUCAUCCCAGCCGUAUUUGCAGAAGAUAAACCCUAAUGCAGAAUUUAGACUGAGUCAGAGUGGAGACCAUUUACAGAAGGGAGCGCGUGACCUUGGGAAGGGUUUGCCUCUUGAGGUGCCCUAUUUUUGAAAUACAUUCUGUUUGCUGUAUUCGAGUAUUAGGAAGAUAUGAUGGGUGGAGGAAAGGUUGCUGUUUGGACUUGUCCGUGCAAUGACAGGUCUCCAGGUGUGGGGAGGUGAGGUAAUAGCCAAAUACUGGUACUUCAAGAUGGAUUUGGGACAGGGUGGGGAGCUGCCUCCCACCUUUGCCUUGGGGCAAGAGGGGUGUGACUAGUAAUAGGGGCAGCUAAAACAAAGCCAGCUCUUUGUCCUGUCCUUAAGCAGGUAAGUGGAAAGAAGGCACUGCCUUUGCUGUUUUUGAGAAAGAUUGCAUUUCUUUAAGGGGCCGGAAGUUCUGCCUACUUUAUGCUACCCAGAGGCUUCCUCCCAGUGCUUUUAUUCUCCAAGUUCUCUGCUGGAAUCAUUUGGGUUUUUGUCCUGACUUUGUUAUCAUUAGCAGGAAAAACCUGCAAGGGUGUUGUAACAAUUUUUAGAACCAAAGUGGUUUGUGAGGCAUGACUCAGUUCCCAAGAACAUCUUCACACGGUGUUUUUUUUGUUUUUUUUGUUUUUUUUUUUUUUGCAGAGUUUAGGAAAAUUCCUUUUAGCCUAAGCAGCUUCACUUGAUUUAAUGGUAUAGAUUCACUUCAAAUUGUUUAGGAUCAUUUUGUUAAAGGAAAGUGUUUAUAAAUACUUCUGAAUUAGAGUCACUUAAAUAAUCUUGGCAAAUGAGACAUCUUGGAACAAGGCACGUUUGUAAAUCACCAGCAGCUAACUAGGAUGUCUGUGUGGGAGUGGGAGGGAGGAGUACCACAGCUGUCUAAAACGUGGUUUCUUGGUCUCCUAAAAUGAAGUGCAUUUGGUUGGGGGAGAGGGAAGGCAAUGAGCAAGCAAGAUCCAGUUACAUGGAAACAACUCCCUCUCUGUUCAUCCAGUGUUCAGAGCCUGUGUCUGUCAUCCACGUUUAGGUCCUGAAUUGGUGGAUUGUCUCUCUUGGCAAACCACCUCUUUCAAGUCCAUAUCCCUGACCUUUCUGUUAGACAUGCAACACAGAUCCUACUGCCAGUACAUUUUCAUUUGUAAUUAAAUGACACCCGUCUUAGUCAUUUAAAGACUAAAGUAGGUGUUUUUACUUUUAAACAUUUUAAGUGUUUACUUUGUAAGCAGAAGGAAUAAUAAAGCCAUAAAUUUGAAGGAAACCAUAGAGGAUGCCACAUCAUUUUCCUUCGUACAGUAUAGAAAUUUAUUUUUUCACCAAUUUUCUAAACCUAAAAGUUUUUUAGUUCUCAAAAUAAAAAUUCUUGAUUCUGUUGCUGAUUAGAACUGUAGCACAAGUUUAUUGUAAAAAUUUAAACAAAACAACAGUGUAAAGGUCCUUUUAACAACUUUCAAAACAAAAAUCAGUGUUCAUAGUUUGCUUUGUCUUUUUCCUGAGCAAAUACAUGUAACUAAAGGUUUUCUUUACAUGUAUCUAUAAGUAGCUUUUAAUCAAAGUGAGGUUACUGUAUUUUCCAUGUCAGUAUUUGGAACUAAUUAUUAUUUAAUGACCAGACAGUGGUAUGCCACAUUUUACUGAAUCUUGUUUACAAUAUUGACUACAAUAUUUUGUUUACAAUGCUGCAGUGAAUGUUUUUAAAGGUAAACCUUUGAAUCUUUGUGGAAAUAUAUGCAUAGGAUGCAUUCCAUGAUUAUAAACCAGAUGAAAUAUGUUACUUUUUGGCCAUUUUUAUUUCUAACAUGCGUUUUUUUUUAAAUAUCUUUUCAAUUGGUUACUUGAUAUAGGAGGCAGCUUCUAAAAGUUCAUGGAGAAUGGUACUAAGAUAUUUUGGUGCAAACAUUUUUUAAAUCCAUGCAUAAUUCUUUCAUAAUACCCAUCUUCCGUGAACUUUUGAAGACCUCUCAUAUUGUAAUUAUAAAAAAAAGCCUAUCUUCUGUUGGGUAUGCUGCAAAACCCUGUUUUCAGUUAUGUAUAUAAGCGUUUCCUUCGUGACCGGACGCCGUCGUGACGGUUCGUUUCCCUGUUCCUUGGCCCUCUGAUCCGGAGUGAUGCUCUUGGACUACAGUCGCACUGCGGGCUCCACUCCUCCCUGGUGUUUAGCGGCGUGAGCCGUAGAUGGAAGUCUCAGCACUUCUCCCAUUUCUUCUUGUGUAGGUGAUUAUGCUAAUUACUGCUCAGAUUCCUCACUGUGUCCUCACAGAUGACUAUUUUUUUGGAUUUUCUUUAUGAAUAAACUGGUAAGACUC